AACGCCGCCGGAACAUGGUCAACUACCGGGAGGAGGAGGACCUGGACGACGACGACUACAUCUUCUGUGACGAGUGUGACCGCGAGUGGGAGGGCGACUGUCCUGUCCACGGUCCGCUGGAGGUCGUACCCGACACCAAGGUCCCGUUCGACACUGGCGAUCCUGAGAGAGACAUCAAGACCCGUCCCGAGUUCCUGAACCCGGGCCGGUCCAAAAUCCCCGGAGCCAACACCGGCAUUUGGACGGAGAAGGACCUGCCGGCGCGGCUGAGGUUCGGUCCCUACGAGGGUAUCGUCACCGCCGACCGACGCCAGGCCACCGACUCGGGCUACAGCUGGGAGAUCAAAAAGUGUCGCCGCGUGCACCACUACGUGAACGCCGGCGACUCGAGCUCCAGCAACUGGCUGCGGCUGGUCAACUGUGCCCGCUUCGAGCAGGAGCAGAACCUGAUCGCCUUCCAGUACAAGGGCCAGAUGUACUACAGGACGUACAAGCCGAUUGUGAAGGGCUCCGAGCUGCUGGUCUACUAUGGAGACGCCUACGCCCGGGAGCUCAACAUCAAUGUGCAGACGUUCAGGAAGGCUCCGGCCGCCGCCCCGCCGCCAACAGCCUUCGUGUCAGGUGGCUCCACGGUCCGCUGCGUCCACUGCGACUACGCCUGUCUGGGACAGGAGCGGCUGGACAGGCAUGUGAAGACAUGGCACGGUCACAUCGGCAGGAACGGACGGCACAAGUGUGAGCGGUGCGAGUACUCGACGAACGAUGUGCAUCAUUUCAGUAACCAUCGCCUCACCCACACGGGAGAGCGGCCACACCGCUGUGACGAGUGCGGCAGGACGUUUAUUCAGCUCAGUGAUCUGACCCGUCACCGCCGCAUACACACCGGCCUGAGACCGUACGUGUGUGACGUCUGUGGGAAGGCGUUUAAUUACUCCAAUGUCCUAACGACCCACAGACGGAUCCACACCGGGGAGAAGGUGCGUCAGUGUGAGCAGUGUGGCGCCGUGUUUAACAGACUGUCUCAUUACACCAGACACAUGCAGUCACACAACGGAGUGAAGCCGCACCGGUGCCAGGUGUGCUCGGCCCGGUUCGUCACACGACAGCACCUCACCACACACAUGCGGACUCACACGAGGGAGCGGCCGUACGGGUGCUCCUUCUGCCCGGCACGGUUCACGCAGCAGUCGCACAUGAGGAAACACGUCAUCGCCCGGCACACACACGACUACCGACACAGGUGUGAGCGGUGUGGUAAGGGAUUUGUGGCGCCCAGUAAACUGAGGAAACACAGCGAGAGGUGCACGGUGACCAGCUGAUGUGUGUGCAGCUGUACUGGCGGGGUGGUUGUUACGAGCCUAUUGUGAUUUUAUAUUGCAUGAUAUUGCCGGUGGAUCAACUUAUUGCAACAAUGUGACUGUUGGCUGUGAUCGUUGAUUAGGGGCGUUGGUGCAUGCUGCUUGAUCAAUUUUGGACUUAGUCGCACGCACACGACUCGAUGACAUUGCGCUACGUUAUUAAAUAACCUUGUGAUUAGUUUUAUUCUUUGUGUUACUGGACCCUAUCGAUAAAUGGCUCGCUCAUACUGCAAUGGUAUGCCUCAUGGAGCGUUGUGUUGAUGUUUUAUAGUUUCAUCUGUUCAAUAUAUUUGGUGUUUGCCUA